AUGCUAAAGCCUAUUGCACCAUUAAUCUUUCACCAGACACGCAUUGGCAACGUGUGGAUAAUGAUUCAGCCCGCUACUUUCGAAAAUUUUGAGCUGCAGAUCAGCACAUCGCGCAAGCAGUGGAAAAUAAGAAACGACCUGCAGAUGUCCGAUGAUGAGCUAACAGUUGACACCCUCGAUUCUAGGUACGUUGAUCGUUGGGACUCGUGA